AUGCCUAUGGAAUUUGUUUUAAAAAUUUUAUUUGUUUUUCUAUUUUUAAUUUCAUCCGGUUUAACGUCAAAUAACUGGAUUGAUUUUGAGGCAACAGAAAUUUAUCACAAAUAUGAUUUAAAAGACUGUGUGUUUCCGUUUAUCUUCAACGGUACAACGUACCACAAUUGUACAACAGAUGGUGAUAAUUCUCCACGCCCCUGGUGUUCAUUGCACGCAAACUAUAUUGGCGCAUAUAAAUUAUGUUAUGAUCAAUGGAAUUCGGAGUUAAAAUGUGUAUUUCCAUUCACAUUAAAUGAUGUCGAACAUAAACAGUGUGUUGUUCUCACAAAACGUAAAGGAUAUGUUUAUAAACAAUGUAGAACAAAUUCUAACUUUACCAGGUAUCGUUAUUGUAUUGAAGAGUAUGUUUCAAAAUCUACAAGGCCAUUAGUACAUUCUGACAACUGUGAACAAAAGUACAAAAAUAUUUCUAGAGAUCAUGCAAAAUGUAUGGGUCCGUCUGAGUUUGCCAUUCAACGUGUUAUGUCAUCUGGUAUGAUACAAGAACUUGUCGAUAUACAUAAUAAACAUCGUUCAGCUGUUGAAGCACAGUGGACAAUCAGGCGGACAUUUGGGGAAAAAUCGAAAGCGAGAUUUUUCAAGAUUUAA